AUGUGUAUUACAACCCCAAUUGGUUCCUGUCUGGCUCCUGCCACUCGCUCUUUAAAGCCACUGGGCGCCAUCCUGGGAGAGGCUCCCAGACGCAUGCGCUCUGCUUUCCCCUCCACCCCGCCCCUUAUAGUCGUCUGCGCACUAAUGACAUCAUUGGUCGGCGCUGCACACCCGGGCCUCCCGAUGGGUGGCGAAGCCCAAAGAGGGGCGGGAGGGGGUGUGAGGGAGAGGAGGAGUCGGAGCCGCCGCGGCCCAGUGCUGCGGCCCACUCCGGGGAGGAGGGAGAAGAGCACCCCCUCGUACUCCUGCCCCCUCCCAGCCCCCUGCCGGCCCGGGAGGGGGUGGGGCGCCGAGGUCGCUGCAGCCCCGCCGGGCCUGGACGGUGAAGAACGAGCGGGCGGGGCGCGGUGGGUGAAGCCGGCGAGGGCCGCGCGGGUGCUGCCGGGGGAGGGGAGAGGAGGGCACCUAGGCUCUCCUCUCCCCCCUCCCCCCGCGCCAUGUAACCCCGCCCGCCGGCGGCGAGCUCGAGACCCCCGCGCGCACCGAUCCGAGCCGGCAUCUGAGGAGCGUGAGGCCCGAUGCGGCAGGGGCUGCGCGGCGCGGCCGAGCCGUGAGGAAGCGGCCCGCGCUCACACGUCCUUCGACACUUGGAGCCGCCGGCUCCGGGCCGCCCAGCCUGGGCCUGCCGCGGGGCAUGAGCGUGCCCGAGACGCCGGGGGAGAUGGAGCCGGCCGGGGAGGAGGAGCGGCCGCCACCUGCGGCCGAGGAAGAGAACCAGGAGGAGAUAGCAGCGGCGGCGGUGGCGCCGGCCCGCAGGAGUGCCUCCUCGCUGGAGGACGCGGACGGCCCAGAGGAGGAGGCGGCGGAGACCAUGGUGGUCGCGGAAGGUGGCUGCAAGGAGCAGGAGCUGACCUACGAGCUGCAGCAGGGCUACCGCAUCCUAGGCGAGUUCCUGCAGGAGAAGCACAGGGGCCUCACUGCCCCCUUCCUGCAGCCCUUGGGGGGCGUUGCCGCCGGGGAGGAGGAGGUGGCCGAGGGGCCGCGCAGUGGGGGCCGGGGCAGUCGCGCCCUCCCGCCGCCGCCGCCGGGCCAGGGCCUGAGUCUGCUGAAGAUGGAGGAGAAGUUCGCCAGCGGCCAGUACCGGGGCAUCACGGAGUUUGUGGCGGACUUCAGGUUGAUGCUGGAGACGUGCUACCGCCUGCAUGGAGUGGACCACUGGAUGUCCAGACAGGGCCAGAAGCUGGAGAUGUUGCUGGAGCAGAAGUUGGCGCUUCUCUCCCGGCACUUGAGAGAAAAGACAACGAUAGCAGUUACAUCUAAAGGCUAUUAUGGAUUGGAGGACGAGAAGGGAACUGCGUGUACUUCCACAAGACGUCGGUCAACACCUCGAAGCUUGGCAGGCUUGACAAGUGGAG